AUGCGCUUUCGAACGGGGAACGGCCCGGGUGACCGCCGCAUUCGCACGGACUGGUACCGCUGCUACCCAUCCCUUAUGCGCGAGAAGGAGCGAGACAUGUACCACUGUUAUUACCCAUACCUUUUUGAUCAUGGUGAAAAGAUGAGCCUUUACCCUAAAAUCCCGGAGAACCCGCGGGAAUGGCAGCCAGAACAACUGCAAACCACCUACGACGCAAUUCGUGAGGACAAAUAUGAUGCAUUCAUACGUCUUCGUGAAAAGUUUCCCGAACUUUACCAAGACACACGAGCGUGGGACAACCCACCCCCGUUUGGUGAAUUUAAUAUGUUUUAUAGUGUUCGCUUUGGAAUGGUUGGUGUGAAGGUGUUCACAUGCAAGGAAUACGACGAAUUUGGUAAUCAACUGGAUUGCACCGCGUUUUGGUUCCCCGAUAAUCAGAUUGUAAGGCACGGUAGCCGAAAAGGUGACGUGGGGACAGACAAGGUAUUUGUGGGUGCCAUGAACGUUCCGGUUGAGUUUCACAAACCUCAUGUGUCGGCCUUCUAUAAGGCGGCUGGAGUUCCUGUAAAGCAUGUUUCAGUCGGUUUCUAUGUCACUCCUGACGCCUACGCCCCGGUUGGGACGAAGCUGGACGUUAGACACUUCAAGCCAGGCCAGGAAGUCACCAUCUCCUUCCAAAACACGGACUAUGGGUUCAAAGGGGUGAUGUUUCGCCAUGGUUUUGAUGGCGGGUAUGUGUGGCUUGGCGACUCUAAGUGGCAGCGACGCCCCGGGUGCAUGGGCAGUGAAGGUCAAAGUCGAAUCUAUCCUGGUCAUCGAAUGGCUGGGCAGACGGGUGCAUCAGUGGAGACGUACCACGGCGUUCCAAUCUGGCGUAUUGACUACAAGAACUCACUAAUCUAUCUUCCCACACUCCUGGACUCGGAUGUGGGGACAUACGUAAAGAUGAGUGAUACGAUCAACACAAAGGGCUACACAUUAUGGAAUGAUCACAGAGGCCUUCCUCCGUUUCCUACUUUCAUUCCUCCAGAUGAUGAGGAUCUAUCGAAGCUUUCCACGGAUGAGUGUCAACUGCGCUCGCCACCUCUUUACUCGUACUUUAGAGAUGAAUUUGCUAGAACACAGCUCGUUUCCCAGGCCGAUGUCGAAGAUGCGAAAAGCUCGAAACCGGUAGAUACUCCUACUAAAAAGAAACAAUACGAUAUGAGAAAGUAUCACGAUGCCAAAAAGAAGUAUCGCCAGAACUUGCAGAAAGCUCGAAAAUAUAAACUCAUGUCCUUGCGUACGCGAGCUCACGAAAAACAACAGGAGGCACGGAGAGCUAAGAUUAUGAAGUACAAGCGAGUGAAAACUUAA